GCCCGCGCCCCGCAGUCACAUGGCGGCGGCGCCCCCCGGCCCCGUGCCCGCGCACCGGGGCCGCUUGGCCGCGGCUCGGGGUCGCCCCUUCCGUGCCGCGCCGGGCCCCGCCGCUGGCGAGAGGAGCGGGGGCCGUGGCUGGGAAUGAAAACCGCAGGAAACCUGUCAAGUACUGAAUAUCUAAGGUCGUGAGACAUCACCAGAGAACGCUGUACAAUGUCAACUGCAGGAGUUGCUGCUCAGGAGAUGAGAGUCCCAUUAAAAACCGGAUUUCUUCACACUAGUCAAGGCAUGGGGAGUUUGAAAACCUGCUGGGGUAGCCACAGUGGAUUUGAAAAUACUUUCUUUAAUGUGGACCCUAUAGCAGUGGCAUAUAAUUUAGGUCCAUCGACAGAGCAGCAUUUGCCAUCCAUUGGGCACUCUUCCAACCAGGCUUCCAUGAAUGACCACAUUGCUGAAAGUUGCAUCCAAGACCCAUCUCAGAAAUCCAGUCCACUUCCUGUAAGUCCCAAAAGUGAACCGACAGUUUCAAGAUAUGAAGACCAUCUCGUUCCUGGCUUUAGUAAACUGUCAUUAACCAUGAGCUGUGUUUCUGAAGAAACACCUCCUCACAUGGCAAUAAAAAAUGGACCAAUUCAAUUUCUGUCUGCAUCUUCCAAUGAUCGUAGCUCCAGGCCUCUACCCCCUCUACCUAUUUCUGAAGACCUUGCUUCAGAUGAGGUUGACAAAGAAGUGGAAUUCCUGACUAGCUCAGAUACUGACUUUUUGUUAGAAGAUUAUGAACUUCCUCCUUUUAAAGCCAGUGCUCCAAGUCGGCGGAGCUUUAGGGGCUGUGGACAGAUCAACUAUGCAUACUUUGAUACUCCAGCAGGACCAAAACCAGAAGAUUCCAACCCUACACAAAGCCUAAAUGUAUACAUAUCCAGUAUUUACCCUCCUCCACAGCAGCUGCAUCGACGCUUGCGAAGGUCCCAUUCUGGGCCAGCUGGAUCUCUUAAUAAACCAAUAGUAAGACUAUCUGGACACUUAAACAGGUCUUCUCCAACCUCUGAUGAAGAUAAACCAGAGAUUCCACCAAGGGUUCCCAUACCUCCAAGGGCGCUCAAACCAGACUACAGAAGGUGGUCAGCAGAAGUUGCUUCUAGCGCGUACAGCGAUGAAGACAGGCCUCCAAAAGUACCCCCAAGAGAACCUCUGUCACACAGCAAUUCCCGUACCCCGAGUCCCAAAAGCCUCCCAUCAUACCUCAAUGGGGUUAUGCCCCCCACCCAGAGUUUUGCACCUGAUCCUAAGUAUGUCAGCAGCAAAGCUCUACAAAGACAAAAUAGUGAAGGAUCUUCAAACAGGGUCCCUUGCAUUCUUCCAAUUAUUGAAAAUGGUAAGAAGGCCAGUUCAACACACUACUAUCUGCUACCUGAAAGGCCUCCAUAUUUGGACAAGUAUGAGAAAUUCUUCAGAGAAGCAGAAGAAAGGAGCUCUAACACUGAGGUUCAGUCCUGGUCUGGUGACUGCACAGCCACCUCAGCUCCAACAAAACUGGACUCAAAACCCAGAAUGGACAUAGGUGGUCACCUGAAACGAAAACACCUGUCUUACGUGGUUUCCCCGUAGUUUCUGGGAGCACAGGCAGUCCCAGCUCAGUUGUUCAGGAUGGAGCUGAACUUUAUCAUGUUACAAAGUUCUUAUGGUUCUCAGAUAAUGAAGUAGGAGCAGUUUGACCUCUGAGAACUGGAAAGUGGAUCGUAAAGUCCUCUUAUGCUGCAUAUAUUCGAUAUGUUUCUUAAGACUCUUUUUGUUUGUCUAGGUAUGUAAGCUGAAAACCUACAAAGUUCCCGUACAAAGAAACAUGGAGGGAUAGUAGUCACAGCUGGCCAGUUGUAUGCUACCUAGAUGAACGUAUUUGGUAGUCACAUUAUCAAAAAAAAAAAUUAAAAUCGAGCUUUGCUGAUGAGUCACUUAUAAAGCAGACAACAGACCAAGUAAUGCAGUACACUUUUUGUAUUGGGUAUUUUCCAAAAUUUCUUUUAUACAGUAACCGUACUGAGAACAGACUCUGUUCUCUUUGACUAGGCUAUGUCAGCCUGAUAAGAAGGUAACUGCAAGAUUUGAUACCCACUUCAAGACUUGGCAGGCAUAUUGGAAGCACAUUUUGAAAGUUUAAUCUAUUUUACAAAUUAAUUUGAUGCUAAUAGACUUUUAAAGUGAGUUGGUUUUGUGGAUUCACUUGCUAGACACACUUGGCUCAGUUUUGCAGUUUUUCCUAGAAGAGACUUGGACCAGCUAUUGCUAAGCCUCUGCUGCUGCUCUUUUCCUGCUGGAUCCUAGAUACGUGUGAGAGUGUCCUGAGCAGCCACACGGUUGCUGUCAGGUAGGCAGUAACAACUGUGUGCUCACCUAGAGUCUGAAAUUCUGACUGUAUUAAAUACAGAAACACAGCACAAGCUGGUCUUGUGUUUUGGUUUCUGUUCAGUAUUUUAGGGGAGGAGGAGGAGGGUAUGAGGGAAAAACAUGAUUCCAUUUAUGAACAGUGUCAGUCCCGUCUCCUGCUGCUUUAAUGCUGCUUCUUGCUGUUUAUUUUUUCUUCACUGUGCCUCAGCCAUCCACUGAAGUUCACUGAGGUGCCACAUUAGCAGUUUCUCAUGCUCAUUUUGGUUACAUUUAUCCCCUUACAGAAAAGCACAAGAGAAAGGGUGCUCAUUAAUGGGGGUACAGAAGAUGAAUGUGUUCCCCCUAACAGAAGUAAACAAGCUGUUUACAGUUUAAACUGCUGAAUGAGAUGUUUGAGCUAUUUUAAAGCUUACUUUUUAUUUGUUUUAGUACAAACUAAAUGAAGGUGAAAUACAUGCUAUAGAAAUGCACUGAUAUUUCUGCAUCAUGUACAGUAUUGAAUAAAAAAUAAUUCACUUUGUAUUUUGAAUAUUGUCAUGUCUUGAGUUUAAUAAAGUUAUAAAAUAUUUAUGAUACAUUUUGGAUUUUGCUUUAUUGAAUAGUACAUGCAAUUGUGCAUUGGAGUUCUGCAUUUACUGCAAAGUUCAAAGUCAGUAAUGUUAAAUAUACAACAAAUGUUGAAUUCACCUUGCAUUAAAUUAGAAUUAAGACUGCUGCAGAAGUGUUCAAUAACUCACAUUGCACACUGUUAAUUUUAAUGCCUCGUUACUGCCUGGUAGCAUGUUGUCUAUAGUUUUGUGCUGGCAAUAAAAGAUUCUGUGAGAUUAAGUUA